AUUAUUUUCCGAGUUUCAUCCACAGCCACAGUGCAAAUUACGGCCGCACGUUAAUAAAUUAAGAAUACAUAACAAAUAACAAUGCUAAACUAAAGUUAAAACCUACCCCUACACGUUCAUCAACUUAAUUUAAGUGUUAAAGUAGUUCUAAAGUGUCGUUUAAGUCUUUCCAAAAUAAGCCUAACUAAAGCUGAAAAAAGGAGAAAAACUCGCUGUCGUCGUCGCCGUCGCCGCUGUCGUUGUCAUUGUCACCUAUAAAGUGUGGUUCUAUCUCUGCUAGAAUUUGGAAUUCGAUUCAAUGUGUGUUCCCAUUGCUGCGUUUGCCCUUCUGCAUACGAACUAAAUAAAAUACAGAAUACAAAAAUACAUUUCGCACUGCGAACAGCAAGAGCAAGAAGCUGCUUAACAAGAUGCAACAUCAUGUGCAUGCGACGCGGGCAGCGCCGCAUCUCCGCGCUGGACACCAUCACAGUCACAUGGCGAUGCCACCGCAUGCGCCACAUCCACAUGCUGCAGGCAUGGAGCAGCAUUUGGGAGCACUCGCGGCGGCAACAGUUGCAUCACAGCAGCAACAACAGCAGCAGCAGCAACAGGCGCCACAGCAGCAACGCGAUGCUCAUCAUGGACGGCUAAAUCAUCAUCUUCAUCAGCAUCAUCUCGCCCAGCAACAGCAGCAGCAGCAACAGCCGCCGCCGCCGCAACAAUCGAAUGCCGCGUAUCACAAUAACAACAACAGCCACAGCCACAAUAACAACAGCAAUAAUAACAAUCAAAUGCAAAAGAUACGACAACAACAUCAGCAUCUCAACACAACCAAUGGCCACCUAACAAAACCGCCACCUCCUCCGCAGGCCUACAAUCACAUGGCACCCAAUCCGGCUGGGAUUGCAUACAGUCAACUGCCACCACAUCACACACACAUGGCACACAUGGGCAGCUAUGCAGCACAGGCGCCGCCUCCGCCGCCACCCACAGUGUUGAGCAACAAGCAACAUUACUAUCUCAGCGCAGCAAAGCCUUCCAAGUACAACAACAACAACGCAGGCAACCACAACAACAACAGCAACAACUAUGCACAGCAUGCACCCAAACAAAUACUACAGAACACAUAUCGCAAUGCUGGCAAGAGCAAUGGCCAAGCAGCAGCUGUCGCUACGGAGGCAACAGCAGUGACAGUUGCUGUGGCCGCAGCACCAACAGUUGUUGCUGCCACGGAACACGCGCUGCCCACCACCACUCUAAGGAUUGUGGGCAGCUGUAGGAACAGCAAUGGCGACAACAUUGUCAUUGCCAGCGAGGAGAUUUGCGAGUUGCCUGCAGCGGAGACGCCAGACAACUGUGAUCCUUUGCCAUUGGCUGAGGAUUGCAACAGCAGCACAGAACACAUUGAUGCGGCGGGAAAUCUGCCCAAUGAGGACAGUAGUGCUGCACGCAAUUCCAAGGACAAGACGCCUAUGUGCUUGGUCAACGAAUUAGCCAGAUAUAAUAAGAUCACACAUCAAUAUCGCUUGACGAGCGAACGUGGUCCGGCACAUUGCAAGACGUUCACGGUGACGUUGAAGCUGGGUGAGGAGGAGUAUUCGGCAGAUGGCUUUAAGAUUAAAAAGGCGCAACAUUUGGCCGCCUCGAAGGCCAUCGAGGAAACCAAAUACAAGCAUCCGCCGCCGAAGAUACGACGUAACGACGAAGGCAGCUCCUCGCGCACGCACAUCACGCCCACCGUUGAGUUGAAUGCGCUGGCCAUGAAGCUGGGCCAACGCACCUACUAUGUGCUGGAUCCGACGCAAAUGCCACCAGCGGAUGCCAUGCUGCCACCGGAAUAUGCCACACCAUUGCUGCCAACACCAGCGGCAGGCUUACCGCCGCCUCCGCCACCACCGCCUUAUGCUUUGCGCCGCAACACCAAUGCUGCUGGGGGCUAUGUGCUAGCUGCGCCGCCCAUGCAUCCCCAUCAUCCACAUGUUGCGCUGCCCGCACAGCGUGGCAUCUAUGGACCACAGCGUCCGUAUCCAGCCAAGUAUCAGUCGCGCUAUGCGCUGGCGCCUUCACUGGGGCCACAUAUGCUGGCCGGACCACAUGGACCGUAUGCGCCGCCAUUGCCGGUGACGCCCAGCAAGAUCACACUGUUCGUGGGCAAGCAAAAGUUCGUGGGCAUUGGACGCACAUUGCAGCAGGCGAAACACGAUGCGGCGGCGCGAGCUUUGCAAGUGUUGAAGACGCAAUCAAACAGCACAUCGGCUGAGGCGCUGGACGAUUCAAUGGACGAAGGCGACAAGAAGUCACCCAUCUCGCAGGUGCACGAGAUCGGCAUCAAGCGCAACAUGACGGUGCAUUUCAAGGUGUUGCGCGAGGAGGGACCAGCGCACAUGAAGAACUUUAUAACGGCCUGCAUUGUGGGCUCCAUUGUCACCGAGGGCGAGGGCAACGGCAAGAAGUUGUCCAAGAAGCGGGCGGCUGAAAAGAUGCUCAGUGAAUUGCAGAAACUGCCGCCGUUGACGCCAACGAAACAGACGCCUAUCAAGCGGACCAAACUGAAGACGCCCGGCAAGGGAGGAGCAGUGAGUGCCGCAGCUGUGGCAGCUGUUGCUGGCAUUGCAGCUGCUGCGGCUGCUGUAACACCGCUGGGCAAACCAGAGCGACGUAAACGCCUCAGCGUUGCUUUGAAGGAGAAGGAGAAACCAGUUGUUGAGCUUGAUGACGCUGAGAAUCCCAUCACUAAGCUCAUACAGCUGCAGCAGACGCGCAAGGAAAAGGAGCCCAUCUUCGAGUUGAUUGCCAAGAACGGCAAUGAGUCAUCUAGGCGCAGGGAAUUCGUCAUGGAGGUGUCUGCCAGUGGCAGCACUGCCCGAGGCACGGGCAACAGCAAAAAGCUGGCCAAACGCAAUGCGGCGCAAGCGCUGCUUGAGUUGCUGGAAUCAACGGAGCCAAGCAAUGGCGAUGCAGAGCACGGAGCCUUGGACAAUAAUGUGGCUAAUACGGCUGCAGCGGAGCCACCUGCAGUGAUGGAAGUCCCAAUGGUCUCUACGCCAGCUGGUCCUGUGCCCGGCAUCUUAAUUCUACGUCAGAACAAGAAACCAGCCAAGAAAAAAGAUGUGGUCGUUGUGAAAGAAAAAACGGAACCAGUCAAGGAAAAGGAAGCCAGAACAGAAGCUACAGCAACAGAGGAAACCAGCAGCAGCAACAACAACAAUAAUAGCAGUAGUAAUAGCAGCAGUAGCAGCAGCAGCGAGUCAAAUGCAAAUGAAGCUGUCAAUGGCAGUGAGAGUACACUGAAUACUUCCACGGGCAGCAACACAAGCGGCGUCAGCAGCAACAGCAGCAAUGCAAGUGGCGGUGGCGGUGGCGGCGCUGCUGGUGGCGGUGCUGAUGGUGGCGGCGGAGGUGGUGUGCAUAUGAAGGAGCAGCUAAUAUAUCUCAGUAAAUUGUUGGACUUUGAGGUGAACUUCUCGGACUAUCCCAAGGGCAAUCACAAUGAGUUUCUAACGAUUGUCACGCUGUCGACGAGUCCGCCACAGAUCUGUCAUGGCGUUGGCAAAAGCUGUGAGGAAUCGCAGAAUGCUGCCGCACGCAAUGCACUGAAGAUCUUAAGCGAACUGGGCCUAAACAAUGCCAAGAAAUAAGCCAAAACAAAUUAACCUACUAACUGCAAUUUUUGUUGCCAAUGAAAACGCAAAACAAAACAAAAAAAGAAACUUAAAAAUACCCGUCCACAAAUCAAACCUUAAAAACAAAAGCGAAAGUCAAAGUUAAAGUAAAUGAAAAACGAAAAUGGAAAAGGAAAAGGAAGCUGUAUGCAAAUUGGAAUCGAAAGGAAAGGAAAGGAAAGAAAUCAUUGCAAGAAACAGUACUUUUUGAAAUAGCAAAUUAUUAGUUAAUAUAUCCUAUUUAUUUAUUUAUGUGCAAGUGGGCGCAAUUUGCGUCGUUUGUUUUGUUAAAAACAUUGCGUAGAUUGCGCUGACUGCUGUUAUUAAUUUUAUUUAUUUGUUGUUGAAAAUUGAGAAAACGAUUGAACAGAUUCUGAGCCACGUCAACGCGCAACGAAAAUUCAACCAUGUUAAACAAAAAUAAUAUUGAAGAAACGAGAGAUUAAAAACAAUAACUGAAUAUAGCCUUAUAGAAUGAGAGUCACACAGAGAAAGAGUGAGAGACACGAGAGGAGAGAGCCAAGAAAUGUUGUUGCAGCAUGUUGCACACAUUAAUAUUUAUAGUUAAGAACAAAAAAAGUUUGUUAGGCACUUGAAUUGAAUUGAUGAACCUAUUUAAAAACUAUUAAAAAAUAAUAAUAAUAAUGAUAUAAAAGAAAUUUAUUAGCUGCAUGCGGCUGCUAAAAUGCUUAUGCGCAACGCUUUCAAAAAAUAAACACAAAAAUUUUGUUGCCACACAAAAACUCAAAAAGGAAAAAUCGAGAAGAGGAAAUCGUAAAACAAGCUAUGCAUUGCGCAAACACACUUGUGGAAAUUUUUAAUUUAUUUUUUCAAAGCCAAAAGCCAAUAUGAAAAACAAAAGAAGCAUAAGAACUGCUAUUGCUUGUGGUCAAUUGUAUGAUGGAACUCGUCGAAUAAUGAAUCUAUAUACAUAUAUAAAUAAAUAUCUAUAUAUGUAUAUAAUACUAUAAUUAUUAUACUUAUAUAAGCACUAACAAUUACAACUGGCAGCUAAACAAGUUUCGAUUGUUGUUUUUUGGCAAAUCGAAAUUUGUUGGGACCCAUCGAAAACCUGCAAACUUACAACAAUUUAUGGCAAUUGUGGUUGCUAUAAAUUGUGACAGUAUGGUGUCGUUGGGAUGUUAUUUGCUUGUGGUAUAGUAUAUAAAUAUAUAUCAAGAAGGAAAUACAAUUUACAUAAUCGUUAAUAAUUAUAAUUAAAUGUUUAAAAACCAUUUUGUAAAUGCUCAGUUUUUGGCGUAAUCCAACUAAAAACUGAGCAUCUUUAUGAAUAGCGUGUUGUUUAAAUGUCCCCCAUUUCUGUUUUUUGAUUGUUUAAUAUAUUUAUCUAUUUGUUUUAUCACACUGUCAUUGUCACUAUUAAUGUCUCAUGUUUACACACACACAGUUACAUAACAGUUUGUUCAUUAUUUUGUUAAAAAGAAAAAAUUGAUUGUACAAUAGCUUUUAAUGAUCCAGUAAACAGCACAGAAUUAAGCGUUAAGUUGCAUUAUGUCAAAUUGUAUUUUGUCGAAACGAUUCUCGUUGCAACAAUGUGCAUGAUUGAAAAAUUCAUUCAGAAAAUCGUACGAAAUCUAAGCAUAAGGCCUCAUUACGCACACGUUAAUAACACAUCCAGUAUUAAAAAACAUACAUAUACUCACACACACACACACCUUAAAUAAUCACAUACACCUUAAAUAUAUACGAAUAUAUAAAUACAUAUAACUACCUUAAAUCGUGCACAUUGUCUGCAUGCGUUGGAAGUCCCCCUUACCCCCAACUACGUCUACUAUGAUGGAACUGUUCGUUUUGUUAGAAGAUUUUGCAGUAACAAAAUCAGAUUAAACAUACACAAAUACUACAACAAAAAUUGUAUACUUUGCAAAAUCUUCACAAAAUUAAUUUGAAGUAAUAUAUAAUAUGUCAUAAUUAUGUUUAUAAAGGAGGAAACAAAACUAAUCUCUUCAUAAGACCAAAAAGAAACAAAAGGCAUCUGAAGUUGUUUAUACAGCAAAUAGACACACUCACAUUUAUUAGAUUUUAAGCCUGCCCAUAAACAUAAUUAUAAUGAUAACAACCACAACAACAACAAAUGGAACAACAACAAAUCUUAGUCUUUAAAUGAAAAUUCUCGACUUAUGUGCGUA